GGCAUUCCUUAAAAGGCAGUUUCCCUUCAUGUCCACAGGCUUUUCCAAACCGCAAAAUCUAAAAGAUCGAAGACUCAGAGGCAAAGAAACGUCGCGAUGGAGAAGGAAAGAGAGCAACAAGUUUACUUGGCAAGACUCGCCGAGCAAGCUGAAAGAUAUGACGAGAUGGUUGAGGCAAUGAAGAGUGUUGCUAGGUUGGAUGUUGAGCUUACUGUGGAGGAGAGGAAUCUAUUAUCUGUUGGAUAUAAGAAUGUGAUCGGAGCAAGAAGGGCAUCUUGGCGGAUAUUGUCUUCAAUUGAACAGAAAGAGGAGGCCAAGGGUAAUGAACAAAAUGUGAGGAGGAUAAAGGAGUACAGACAGAGGGUUGAAGAUGAACUUGCAAAGAUAUGCAGUGAUAUACUCUCUGUCAUUGAUAAGCACCUCAUUCCAUCUUCCUCGACAGGGGAAUCAACUGUUUUCUACAACAAGAUGAAAGGAGAUUAUUUUCGUUAUUUGUCAGAAUUUAAGGCAGGAGAUGAUCGUACAGAAGCUGCUGAUCAGUCUCUUAAGGCCUAUGAGGCUGCCACCUCCACUGCAAGCUCAGAUUUGCCUCCUACUCACCCAAUUAGACUUGGCUUGGCUUUGAACUUCUCUGUUUUCUACUAUGAGAUCUUAAAUUCUACCGAGAGGGCUUGUCAUCUGGCCAAACAAGCAUUUGACGAGGCUAUUGCAGAGCUUGAUAGCCUUAAUGAAGAAUCUUACAAGGAUAGCACCCUUAUUAUGCAGCUUCUCAGGGACAAUCUCACCUUAUGGACCUCAGAUCUGCCAGAGGAAGGAGGUGAGCAAUCAAAAGCAGAUGAUCCUCGGGCAGAGAGUUAAUUGGAUGAAAGAGUAUUCUUUUUAGACUCAGCUUGCGAGGUAGGAAAGGGGCUUGCUGCUAGAGUGACCUGCUUUCAACUCAUGGUAGUAGCACCAGGAUUUGUGACCUAUGGCAUGGUCAAUUUGUUCAUCAGAUGUUUUCAGACUACUGUUAUUCUCUGUUCUCUUAUGUUUAAAACGUAAUUGAAUCUGUUUAUUUUAGUCUUAUGACCCAUUUUCUUGUGUUCA